GGUAUAAAUAUUUAGAGCCACAGGCCUGAACUUUAGAAUCUGCUGACUAUCACAAUAGAUAAUUCAGAGAAAACUUUGCUGUUAAAAAGACUCAUCAUGAAGAGGUUCUCUGUAGCAGUGCUUCUCUUAGCUUCGGUGAUCUACAUCUCAGAAUCAAUAAAAGAAAAUAAGGAUGAGGCUUUGAGGACCAGACGUAUGGUGGGGGGGUUCCUGACACGCAGCCACGUACCCUGGCAGGCUCUGGUGUAUAUUACUGAAGAAAUGCAGGAUGGAGGUUUCGGUGGAGGAGCACUGAUUGCUCCCCAGUGGGUCCUGACUUCUGGCCGAAAUUUGUUUGCUAGGAAGACACAAAAAGAUACCAAGGACAAAGAACCACUUAUCCCGAAAGUUUACCUGGGUAUCACCCGUCGCUCUGAUGCUGGUCCUUCUACUGAAGUGGCAGUUGAAAAGGUAUUCCUCCACCCUGGCUUCCAGAACACCUCCAACUUUGAAAAUGACCUUGCACUGAUACAGCUAAAGGAGCCAGUUACUUUUAGUCACACCGUCUUCCCAAUCCCUUUACCUGAGAAUGGGGAGAAGCAAGAAGAAACUGCAGGAGAGAUGGGCAUUAUUACAGGGUGGGGCAUGGGGGCUCUUCUCACACCCGCCGAAAAACUGAAGUACCUCUCCCUUCCGAUUGAUUAUUGUUUAGAAUCAUACAAUAAAUUCUGCACAAAACGCAGUGAAUUUAAAGAAAAUGUUUGCUAUGGAGAUGCAGGUGGAGCCCUGGCCUUCCUUGACCCCAAAACCAACCGGGUCUAUGCUGCUGGUAUCCUCUCUUAUGACAAGACAUGCAGUGUAGAGGAGCAUGCUGUUUAUAUGAAGAUCUCGCACUACCUGCCCUGGAUUCACAGUGUCAUGAGGGGUGACUCCGAACAGUUUUCCUCCCUCCGGGCCUCAAUUAUGAACAGAAUGUAUGCAAAUCAACCCUAGAUUAUUCAUUUUCUGCUUUUGUAUUAUAUGUUGGUAAAUGAAUAUCACAUCUGCAUAUCAAUAAAUAAAUAUAUCCCAAAGAUGA